AUGACUAGACCGAAAGAGAGCCAUGGCCUGGCAUUCCUACCUCGCGAACUCUUUUGGAUGAUUCUAUGUUAUCUAGAACCAAACGAGCUAGUCCGAUGUCGCCGCGUCUCGCAUGCCUGGAACGAAGCCUUUAGCAACCCGGCCGUCCUACUCGCACUCCUGAAGAAACUUUUCCCAUGGACAGAAGAAGUCAAAAGCCUGGACACGGAGACAUCAGUUGAAGAACAAGACCAAGGCCGUCGUCUUUUCGACCAGGUCGCUUCACGAUACAAUUACCUAGCACGAGGCAAGCCCCGCUCUAUCCAGAAGUACCGCCUCUGCGAUGACUUUGGUAGCAGUGGAGACCGUGAAUGGUACCAGGUGCAGCCAUGGGAGUCACACGCUAGUCAUAUGAGGCGCUUCGUUGACCGCCAGUUCUCUGAGGCUUUAUGGACUUUCGAGAACGGCCUGCUGGUCUACCCCAGCGCAGAUCAUCAGUGUCUCGUACUCAUGGAUUUGGAAACGGACCGGCAGUUUAUGGUGCCAUUUAUUAUUCGUGGCAAGGUCGUCCGUCGAGUACGGCUGCAGAAGAGCUUGCUCGUUGUCGAGUGGGCUGAACCGAAGGCCUUCCACUGGCUGAAUGAUAGCGAUGGCGUGCAUCGUCAUUUUGCGUCCUCCUUUGAUGUGACAAAGGGCGAGCGAGAUCGGUUCUUCUCCUCGCAUAGUGACACUCACUAUGUGAUUUAUAUAUGGCAGCCAAAUCGCAGCUUGUACACCGCCGACGAGGAUGCUCCCAUUGAGUCUUUGUUUGUCUGGGACAUAUCGAAAGCAUCAUCAUAUCGACCUUCAUUGGAUCCCACAGGGCGACUGAGAGAUGACUCUCCUGGUGACUCUCCAUCAAUCGUAGCACGAUUCGGGUUCCGAGACCUCGAGUUCUUCGACAUCCGACAGCGAGGCUGUCCAAGCAUUCAACGAUUGGAGAUUACGGAUGAUGCCCAGGCGGUCGAAAUUACAGAAAAUGUUUCCAUCCAGCCGGAAGACGAACCACCCGAAAUAUUUGGGCUGCCCGAGCCUAUUACGACAAGCAUUCCUCUAGUUGGAAAUGGGCCUCAUUGGCGCCGGGAGUUCGAGGGUGUUUUACCGCCUUAUCGUGGGAACUGCAGCAUGCAGGCUGAGAGUAUGGAACUUAAUGGGUGUAUCAUGAAGGACCCUUGGUUUGGCAUUAUUUCUCAAGUGACUGUGCUCGAGCCUAAUCUUGGCUUUUGUCUUCACUUUGAUACUUGGACGUGGGUACAAAAUCAGACUACCUAUUUGAGUAUCCAGACACCUCGCUCGAUCAUUACUUGUGACAAUUGGGAUUUUGUCGGUAGGGGGAAGAUCGCUGGUAGUGAGAAGUAUCUGAUGGGCGAGAACUGCAAUCGAGAGCUAGUGGUUUACCGGUUUGAUAGAUGA